GCAUCUUCAAAAAGCCGUGCCAGAGGUCGUUCACGGACGAUGAAGGCUCGUGGCCAGAACCCCUUCCACAACACCGGAGACAUGUCACGCAUUCUCAAGUGCACAUUCUGCUGUGGUAGCUUUAAGAACAAACACGACUGGACACGACACGAGAGUUCACUGCAACUGGGCACAGAAACCUGGCUCUGUGCACCCCACGGGUGGCUCAGUAGUCCUAUCUUACACCAACAGAGAUCAUUGCGCCUAUUGCCACCUUUCAGAUCCAGAUCUUGUACAUUUGAAGGGCUAUCGUCAUCAACCAUGCCAAGCUGGCCCCAAUGAAUCGCGCACUGUUCGGCCAAAAAAUCAUCUCACUCAACAUCUUCGGCAUUAUCAUCAGCUGGAGACCGUACAGCCUGGUGCCUGUCGAUGGCUGGAGAAUCAAUAUGCCACACGUCAUCUCAAGGUGCGGAUUCUGUGAUUCAAAACUGCUCAGCUUGUCUGAACGGACAGACCAUCUUGCGUAGCACUUCAAAGCUAGGUUGAAAAUAAGUAAUUCGAAAGGGGAUCAUGUGUUUGAACCAUCGGUGGAAUGUCAGGUCUUGAACGCAAUACCUCCCUUCCUUAUUGGCGGGGAGUCGGGGGCUGUAGAGCUCUUCUCAGCCACGAACAAGGCU